AUAACUGAGUCAGGCAAGGAGACGCUACCAACAUGGCUGCACUGGGACUGGGAGAGCAACGUCCUACAGGGUCUACCACUGGGUGAGGACAAGGGUGUCCACUACAUCUCCGUCUCCGCAUCCAAUGGCAGCCAGGAUAUCUUCUCCAUCGAGGUGCACCCAGAGGAACACGCUGACACUGACCCGAUCCAGGUAGCCAUCCAGUCAGCGUCCAACAACUCCAACAACGAGGUAGAGCCAUUCGUCUGUGGCAACGAGGAGCCGGUGACGGUGCUCACAGUGAUUCUGGAUGCCGACCUGACCAAGAUGAACUCCAGACAGAGGGUGGAGCUGCUGGGCAAGAUGAAGAAGUUCUCUGGCGUGGAGCUCCAGCACAUGAAGAUACUUCCUGUGGUCAACAACAGAUUGUUCGAUAUGUCCGCCUUCAUGGCCGGACCGGGAAAUGCCAAAAAGGUGGUGGAGAACGGAGCCCUGUUAUCCUGGAAGCUGGGCUGUUCCCUGGACCAGAGUAACGUCCCUAAUAUUAGUAGUGUCCAGGCGCCGGCUAAAGAGGGCACUAUGUCGGCUCAGUUGGGAUAUCCGGUCGUCGGUUGGCACAUCGCCAACAAGAAGCCUCAUAUCCCAAAACGGGUGAGGCGCCAGCUCAACAAUACCCCUACUCCUGUUCUAGCUCUGCUUCCCCCAACAUCUGUCGUCGAGCCCCCUGUUCGCAUUGUACCCACCCUAUCGUCACCUGUCAUUGCUGCCCCCACAGACAGCUCUGCCCCACCCAUGAGAGGACCUGUGCCCUUGCCCAUGAAGCCCACGAUCCGUGUCAGAGACUCAUAUUCCCACACUCCCACUCAGGGUGCACCCCUGCCAACCAGAGUGAUGGAGUCCACUAGUACCAUCUCCAUUGAACCCACCAUGACCAGGCAUACUGUUGUGGAAUCCACGCCGACACUCCCUCCACCCACCACAGUAGCCACCAGAAAGCCAACCAAGAAACCAAAGAGACCGAAGACCACUCCAAUGCCAAGGGAGCCCAAGACCACCACAGCCAAACCAGCUAGGCGCACUACACCGUCGUCCAUCGUGCCUGACCCGAGAAACGAGAAACCAGAUCUCCGCAACCCCAUCGAUCAGGUCAAUGCCUUCGUGGGCACAUAUUUUGAAGUGAAAAUCCCAUCCGAUACUUUCUUUGACAAGGAGGACGGUACGACAGACAAGUUGAGGUUGACAUUGAGGAUGAACCACAACGAAGUGGUCGGAGAUGAUUCCUGGAUACAGUUUAAUAGCACAAGUCAGCUGCUGUAUGGUCUACCUGACUCGAACCACAUCGGGAAGCACGAGUACUUCAUGCAGGCCACCGAUAAGGGCGGUCUGAACGCAAUCGAUGCCUUUGAGGUCCGUGUGAACCGCUGGGCUCCCAACGAUAAGUCCCCGGUCUUGUUCCAGGCUCGCUUCCACGGGGAACCUCACCAGGUGACCAACGACAUCCACAAGAAGAUUUUGCUCAUCAAGAAACUGGCGUACUCAUUCGGGGACCGCAACAGCAGCACGGUCACCCUGAGGAACAUCACCAAGGGAUCCAUCAUGGUGGAGUGGACCAACAACAGCCUCCAGCAGAACCCCUGUCCCAAGGAGAAGAUCCAGACCAUGUCCAGGAGGAUCUCUAACGCCCAGGGAAGGCCCUCCCAGACAUUCAUCUCCACCAUGGAGCCUGAAUUCAAACCCAUCGACAUCAAGGUCAAAGGGACAGCCGCCUGCCGGAACUACAUGUUCGUGCCGCCGAGUGAAAUCAUCAUUCCUUUACCCCCGGCCGUCACCCCGGCGCUCGGCGCCGGACGCCAGAGCACGGACGACGUCUAUCUUCAUACGGUCAUCCCUGCGGUAGUGGUGGCGGCCAUCUUGCUGAUCGCCGGCAUCAUCGCCAUGAUCUGCUACCGUAAAAAGCGCAAAGGAAAGCUGACCAUCGAGGACCAGGCUACUUUCAUCAAGAAGGGGGUACCCAUCAUUUUCGCAGACGAGCUUGACGACUCCAAGCCCCCUCCGUCCUCCUCCAUGCCCCUCAUCCUGCAGGAGGAGAAACCCCCACUGCCCCCGCCUGAGUACCCCAACAUGACCAGUCCAGAGACCACCCCCCUGAACCAGGACCUUCUGGGGGAGUACACAGCUCUGAGGGAUGAGGAUCCCAAUGCCCCUCCCUACCAGCCUCCACCCCCUUUCACUGUCCCCAUGGAAGGUAAAGGCUCUCGUCCAAAGAACAUGACCCCCUACAGAUCCCCACCACCUUACGUGCCACCCUAAGGUUAGCUGGCUCCUCCAGAGGAGGAGAGGGGAAGCAGGGGGGACUUGUAACCGUCUCACACCAGUGUUGUCUGUUUGGAAAUAAGGGGUGGGAGGAGGAGGGUAGAGGCUCUGCAAAGUGGCAAUGAACUUCGGACAUUUUGGGUUGGGAGGGUUUUGGGCUGAUCUGAUCAAGGCUGAGUUAAAGUUGAACGAUGGGAGGGAGGGAGAACUAGGUGGUAGCCUCGGCAACAAUAGCCACAACAAUGACACUAUUCAGUCUCUCGUCAUCUCAUUGGUUACAGCUGAACAGCUAGAUUGAGAAGACACGCCCCUCCUGUCCCAGCAGCUUUUUUCUCCAUUUGAAACUAAAUGGCCUUUUGUUUUAUUUUGUGUCUUUUGGUUCUGGUUUUCUUCUGUUUUUGACUUGACUUUAAGAUCAAACUACUUGCCUUUUUUUAAUCUUCCUUUAUCUUGAAUAAUACAAGAGGACAAUAAACAAACACACUGCAGGCAAAAAGGUUUUUAAUGAUGAGAUAGAGAGUUCUAUGAAUGAAAACAAACACAACAUAAUCAUGUUGAUCUGCGACAGCCAACCCUGCAGACAGCUAAACACAGUGGUUGAUUGAUGUGGCGGUGGCUGUUUGGAUUCAAUAAGGUUUGCCUUUUAACACUAAUUGUAUGUUUUUACCCUUCUUCACACAAAGUCUAGUCAAGAUGAGCAUAACAAGGGUAGCCUAAAAGAAGAAUUAGAAAUUAGUAUUAAAAAAAAGUUUUUUUUUUAAACUUUAUAUCUUUAAGGUUAGAUUAGAUUAGAUAUGAUUGUUUUGGUGGUGGAGCAGAUCGCCUGACUGAAAUAGCCUGCAGGAUCUCUUUUUCCCUCAAUCAGAAAGGAACGGUACACCUAGUAGGUAGUCAGGGUUAGUGAACGUUAACAUGGAAGGCAAUGACAACCAGAUGGGUACCCUGGCCUAGUCAGGGUUAGUGAACGUUAACAUGGAAGGCAAUGACAACCAGAUGGUUACCCUGGCCUGGUUAUUACCAGAUGGUUACCCUGGCCUGGUUAUGACCAGACGGUUACCCUGGCCUGGUUAUUACCAGAUGGUUACCCUGGCCUGGUUAUGACCAGAUGGGUACCCUGGCCUGGUUAUGACCAGAUGGUUACCCUGGCCUGGUUAUGACCAGAUGGUUACCCUGGCCUGGUUAUUACCAGAUGGUUACCCUGGCCUGGUUAUUACCAGAUGGUUACCCUGGCCUGGUUAUGACCAGAUGGGUACCCUGGCCUGGUUAUGACCAGAUGGGUACCCUGGCCUGGUUAUUACCAGAUGGUUACCCUGGCCUGGUUAUUUACCAGAUGGGUACCCUGGCCUGGUUAUGACCAGAUGGGUACCCUGGCCUGGUUAUGACCAGAUGGGUACCCUGGCCUGGUUAUGACCAGAUGGGUACCCUGGCCUGGUUAUGACCAGAUGGUUACCCUGGCCUGGUUAUGACCAGAUGGUUACCCUGGCCUGGUUAUGACCAGAUGGGUACCCUGGCCUGGUUAUGACCAGAUGGUUACCCUGGCCUGGUUAUGGCCUGGUUAUGACCAGAUUUCUUGUUUUUACUUUGCCUGAGUUUCCCAAAGCCACCCAAAAUCAUUCAAGAGAGAAAUAUAACACAAUACAAUGCCCCUUUUUACUAUUCUUGUUUAAAAUGGGUUAAAAUGAGUAUCAUGAUCCGAAUAUGAUCAUAACAUUGACCAUUUGAAUGCCAUUUUGCCUUUAUGGUGAUGCGACAAGUGUCUCCUGUAAAUAAAGCUGGAUCGGUGUAUUUUUAGUCCCAAAAAAAAACAACGUUUUGUGUAAAUCAGAUGUGGAAAAAGCCUCCUGCAGUUUAUUUUAGACAAGGGGUAAUUUAUUUUUUUAUGUAGUGAUGAUGCUCUUUGUUUUCACAGUUUAUGCGGUAAAACAGUUUAGGGCCAUUGAGAGUGAUUGAGAAUGUCCCGAAAGGGAUACAACAUGUAUUCACAACUCAAAGGUCAUUGUUGAGAGGAGGGUAGGAGAGUUAGAGAGAGAAAGAAAGAAAGAAAUGGGAAUAUCCCAAUAACAAGAUUACCAGAAAACACAGACAAAAAUGGUUGAUAAAAUCUCUAUCUAAUUUUUUUACAACUUUUUUGAUACAGCAUCAAAUUGUUAAAAAAAAUAUAUCUAUAAAUACAUGAAUAGUGUACUGCAAUUUGUAAAAUCUUAGAGUAGAGAAUUGAUUCCUUAUUAUAUACCUUUUCUCAUUGGUCACCUAUUUCAAGUGAUUUUUAUUUUUAUUUUGCCAUAUUGUCGAAUUGAACUGUACCACCUGUUAUACAGUCGGAAUGACCCAUUUUAUGUAACCACACAUUUUAUUUAAUGUUCAAAUUCUUCACUAACGACUUUGAAAGUGACCCUUUGCAAUAAUGUAAGGUGCUGCCUGGUGGUGGUGGUGGUGAGUGGUCAAUGCAGGUUAGAUGAGUGAUGAUGUACACGCAUAAUGAUGAUGAUGUACACGCAUAAUGAUGAUGAUGAUGUACACGCAUAAUGAUGAUGAUGAUGUACACGCAUAAUGAUGAUGAUGAUGUACACGCAUAAUGAUGAUGAUGAUGUACACGCAUAAUGAUGAUGAUGUACCUCCAGAGUUUGUUUUUGCCAGAUACCAAGUGUUGCUUUUUUGAGUGUCCAUUUAUAAUGGAAGCCGACCUCUGUCUAUCUAUAUCCAGAUAAUUCUUCCGUCUUCACACAUUUGAAAUUCUAAUCCAACAAGUUGGAAUGAAUGAAUCAUCAAUAUAUAUAUAUAUAUAUAUAUAUAUAUAUAUAAAACAGAGUGGAUUAUGAUAGUAUACCUCGCUUGGUAUGUUGCCGUACAUUAUAAUAUAGAGAUGUAUUUUUUAUUGAUGAGCUUUGGUUGUAAUUGGUUUUCUAAUGCUUCCCCGUAUUGCUGAGUCAAUAUGUGUACGUCCGUAGAGGUUUCAUUAAGGAGUGUAUCCAUCUCUCUAAUCUGUCAGCCAUUUUGAGACCCUGAUUCCUGUCACAAUAACUGGCUCGUAAUUCUUUCUCCUUGUACUAAAACAAACGGUGUUAUUAAUCUGACCAGAUGUGAUCUCGAACCGUUCAGAAAGGUUAACAUGUAAAGAACUCCCCCCCCACCGCGUCCACAGAUCAUGUCGCCACUUCAGCUCUAUUGAUUUCCGACGAGGAACAAACUGCAAUAAGAGUCCUAGAUGGUUUUAUCCCAAUAGGUUAGUUAGUCAAAUAAGAAAUAUAUAGUUACUUAUGACAGUUACUGAGAUUGAUGAAGAUUUGAUCCACGUUUGAGUGAGAUUCAUAGAACAAUAGGUAGGUAGAUAGUACAAGGACAGGUUUGUUUUUGUUGUUGUUGUUGUUGUUGUUUUGCGUAUAUUUUAAGUGGCGUAGUCAUUUCGGCAUUAAGCUCAGUUCAUUCAUUAGGCUAGCGAAGAAUCGGGCUUAGUUACACUGAAAUGCACUCAAAUUCGGAUUUAUUCCCAUUUGACUCAAAUUAAGAGGAGAUGGUUUGUGCGAAGCUUAACGGAGAAGAAUCCAAACGAUGCAAAAAAAUAAAAAAUAAUGUAAUAGCAGUCAUUUAUUGUAACUGAUUCAAAUGCCUUGUUGACAGAAUAUCUUAUCUGUUGGGCUUCAUUUCAAGUUACAUUUCAGAUAUUAGCAAAGAUAUGGAAUCAACAAAAAAAACACAUUGUUCUAUUCUUUUCGAACACGAUAGCUGUCCUGAAGUAUAAACAUUCAGGUGUACCAACCUUUACGUUUUGGACGAGUUUACCCUCCAUCUCAUUUAGCUUUUCUGUGUUUCCGUGUUGUUCAUUUUAUUUGAUUAGAUUUCCUUCUUUUUUUUUGCCCAUUUCAAAUGUAGAGAUUGGUGUGUGUGUGUGUGUGUGUGUGUGUGUGUCAAAUCAAAAUCAGCCUUAGAAAUGAAUGUCUUCAUAUGCAACAAGAAGGACUGACUGAAAGCCUCCCGAAAGCCCCCUUCAAGGUGCAUAUUUUAGUAUAUUAUUUUGUUCGCUAUAGAGAAUGUUUUUUUUUUUCAUUUAGUUUUUACAUUCAUGAGUGAAUUAGUACUUACAAUUGGAAUAUUGAUGAUAGUAACAAUAGUGACAGUGAUGAUUAUAAUAAUUACAAGAAUAAUAUGGUUAUCAUAAUGGUUUCAGGGGGACAUUAUACACUGUUUGUCCUUCAUUUGUGUCAUUUAAAAAAAAAUUGAAAUAACUGUUUCCCCCACCGUGUUCCCAAUACAAAUGGGACUCCUCUGGUUCGCAAACAAAAUGGUUGCCAAAGUACAGCGCAGUGAAAGUUAUUUGGCUUGUCUUAACACACUGCAUGUAUCAGACAGACAUUCAGUUGACAUGCGAAAACACAGGACAAAGAGCUAGCCUCUCUGGAGUUAGAGGGUUGAUACCCCAUGGGGAAGGAGGGAGGAGUUAGAGGGAUGAUACCCCAUGGGGAAGGAGGGAGGAGUUAGAGGGAUGAUACCCCAUGGGGGAGGAGGGAGGAGUUAGAGGGAUGAUACCCCAUGGGGGAGGAGGGAGGAGUUAGAGGGAUGAUACCCCAUGGGGAAGGAGGGAGGAGUUAGAGGGAUGAUACCCCAUGGGGAAGGAGGGAGGAGUUAGAGGGAUGAUACCCCAUGGGGAAGGAGGGAGGAGUUAGAGGGAUGAUACCCCAUGGGGAAGGAGGGAGGAGUUAGAGGGAUGAUACCCCAUGGGGAAGAAGGGAGGAGUUAGAGGGAUGAUACCCCAUGGGGAAGGAGGGAGGAGUUAGAGGGAUGAUACCCCAUGGGGAAGAAGGGAGGAGUUAGAGGGAUGAUACCCCAUGGGGAAGGAGGGAGGAGUUAGAGGGAUGAUACCCCAUGGGGAAGGAGGGAGGAGUUAGAGGGAUGAUACCCCAUGGGGAAGGAGGGAGGAGUUAGAGGGAUGAUACCCCAAUGGGAAGAAGGGAGGAGUUAGAGGGAUGAUACCCCAUGGGGAAGGAGGGAGGAGUUAGAGGGAUGAUACCCCAUGGGGAAGGAGGGAGGAGUUAGAGGGAUGAUACCCCAUGGGGAAGGAGGGAGGAAUUAGAGGGAUGAUACCCCAUGGGGAAGAAGGGAGGAGUUAGAGGGAUGAUACCCCAUGGGGAAGGAGGGAGGAGUUAGAGGGAUGAUACCCUUGGGGAAGGAGGGAGGAGUUAGAGGGAUGAUACCCCAUGGGGAAGGAGGGAGGAGUUAGAGGGAUGAUACCCCAUGGGGAAGGAGGGAGGAGUUAGAGGGAUGAUACCCCAUGGGGAAGGAGGGAGGAGUUAGAGGGAUGAUACCCCAUGGGAAGAAGGGAGGAAUUAGAGGGAUGAUAAAUAGACUGAGAAAAUGCAGAUUGAAGGAAAUGGUUUUCCAUCUGGAGCGGUUGGAAAAAGCCUGUCCUUGACCACAGGGAACUUACAACCUAGAAAAGAGGGUUGUACACAUGUAUGAAUGCUUGAUUAAACAAUGCAUGGUGAACAAUGCAUUUCUCUUCUCCUGUGUUUAAAUAACAUUGUUUUAUUUAUGCCACUAGACACUGUAUGUUGAAAUCUUGUAUUAAAAAAAAAAGUGUUUUCACCCAA